CUGCCCCCGGUAACCGGAGAACAAUUAUCUUGAGUCGCGCAACAUGAGGCCCCGAUGGGCGAGACGAAGGCAGUUGGAGACCGAUUCCUCGGUGUAAGGUGGGUCAGCGGAGUCAUUCUUCGGGCUGGGUGGCGAAAAGAGGAAGGAUGCGUACCGCCCAUUUGAAGUACUUUAUGUAUCCCACCCAGGUUCUCACGUUGGAUCUCGGUAGUGCAGGGACUCUUCGCAAUGGGAGCGUUUGAAUGCGCUGAAGUGGAGUAUGCGUUGUCAAGCCAAUUGAGGUUAAACGGCAUCAUGGAGGCAAUAGUGUUUCAGGCAUUCAAGGCGUUGGCGGGCUUAAACCGACUUCACCCCAGUACAAACGUCAGUAAACUGUUCUUUAUUUUGCGUUCUUUAGGCUUGCCUACUGCUAAGCCUUUGAGCCUAUUGUCACAAGAAGCAUGAUUUCUCAGAAAAGGCCGACUAGCCUAUCAUCAGAGGAAACCUACUUUGAUGAUCCGCCUGAUGAAGAGGUGGAUAGUGAAUGGGAAAAGAUAACACAAGACCCAGCCAAGCGAGUUGCAUUUGAAAGAAGGUGUAUUGAACAUAAGCUUACAAAUGAGAAACGGGUGAUUAUAUUGCAAGACAACCCUAGCACCAGGAGCCACUGUCGCUUCAAUGUCAAGGACCUUUCUGGUCGUUACUACGAACCGAACAAGUACUACCAUGUAUCUUGCAUUGAGCAAAUAUUUCCCAACCUAGCUGCCCUAAUAGAGCGCCAGGAUUGCGAAUGGAUGGAGGAGUGACCCAGAUGACCUCAGCCAGCUGGCAAAUAUCCCGCUUCCACAACGCCAUUGAAAAUUGGUUCCGCUACAAAGGCUGUUCCUUCGACGUGAAAACAUACGAUCGUUUUGAAAGGAAAUAUGCCAAGGGGAAUCAGAAAUCAAGCACGGCAGAGGUUAACCAUCAGCUCGAAGCUCAUAGGGGCAGCUCUCGGAAUUGUGAGAAGUGUGGAAGCAUACUGGAUGA